AUGUCGACCCACCCUGCGUCCUCACGGCCAUCACCCAAUAUCAAUGCUCCCCGGAACAGAGGCGCGGGCACGUCACUUGCUGGCCCCUUGAGCGGAUCUUUCGUCAGUAAAUGCGGCGAGAACAAACCAGUCAUCGAGGUGACCAACCGACUUGUCAAGCCUUCUCCCUCCUCGAGAUCGGAUUCAGAGAAGGUCGUAGUAGACCCAGUCUUCUUGAAGAAUCCGCCCCAGGCCAAGAGCUGGGGCGACUUGAACGGAUGGACGCUGGCUGUCUUUGGCCAAGUCCGGGGCCGGCAGCGACAGUCUGGUUGGACGGCGAGGGUUAAAAACGCCUUCCGCCAGCCAGACUUGCCAUCACGCUGGGCUACUCAGUCCAAGGCCUGUGAACACAUCGACAAGGCUGAAAUCUGGCUACCUCAGAUGCGAGACCAUGGCAACUUGGCCUAG